CAUCACUGCAAGUGAGGUCGGGCUCCGUGAAAGUGAAACUGCUUUAAAAAUAAAGCUUUCAAACGCCUUUAAAACAGAAUAUUUGUGAAACUUUCAAAGACGAACGUGAGCACAGCUGAUUCUCACUCACAGCAAUGUCAUCUUCCCGUGAUCCUCUGGCUGAGGAGCUUCAGUGUUCAGUGUGUCUGGAUGUGUUCACUGAUCCAGUCAGCACUCCAUGUGGACACAACUUCUGUAAGAGCUGCUUGAACCAGUGCUGGAACAACAGUCAGGAGUGCAUCUGUCCAUUGUGUAAAGAAACUGUCAUUAAAACACCCGACCUCAAGAUCAACACAGCACUUAGACAGGUUGUGCAACUGUUUCAGAAAAAGUUUGGUAUGAGUAAAUCUGAAGUUUUCUGUGACAUCUGUGAUGACAGAAAGAUAAAAGCCCUGAAGUCCUGUCUGGUGUGCCAGGCCUCUUAUUGUGAAACUCAUUUGGAGCCUCAUCAGAGAGUCACAAACUUCAAGAAACACAAACUGAUGGACCCUGUGAAGAAUAUAAAUCACUAUUUAUGCCAGAAACACGAGAGACCUCUGGAGCUGUUCUGCAGAGAUGAUCAGACGUAUUUGUGUGUGUUUUGCACUGAUGGAGACCACAAGACUCACAACACUGUUCCUCUAGAGGAGGAGAGUAAAAAGAAAAAGACUCAGCUGAUGAAAACACAAAAACACGUGCAGCAGAUGAUCCAGGACAGAAUCAAGAAGAUUCAAGACAUCAAACACUCAGCAGAACUCAGAAAAUCAAGCACAGAGCAAGAGAAAGCAGCCAGUGUUGAGCUCUUCAGUGAUCUGAUACGCUCUAUUGAGAGAUGUCAGACUGAGCUGCUGGAGAUGAUGGAGGAGAAGCAGAAAGCAGCAGUGAAACAGGAUGAAGAGCUCACUCAAGAGCUGCAGCAGGAAAUCACUGAACUCAAGAUGAGAAACAGUGAGCUUGAUCAUCUCUUACAUAUUGAGGAUCACCUCCACCUCCUACAGAUUGAUCCAUCCCUGUGCAGUCCUCCACACACCAGGAACUGGUCUGAGAUCAGUAUGAACACUGAUGUGAGUGUGGAGACUCUGAGGAGAGCUCUGACUCAACUUCAGGAAAACCUAGAUGAGAAACUCAGUGAAACUGUGUUGAGGAGGAUGGAGCAGUAUGCAGUGGAUGUGACACUGGAUCCCGAUACAGCUCAUCCGUAUGUCAUCCUGUCUGAUGAUGGGAAACAAGUGAGAACUGAAGACAUUAAACAAAAGCCCCCAAACAACUCAGAAAGGUUUGAUUAUAGCUUCUGUGUCCUGGGAAAAGAGGGAUUCUCCUCAGGGAGAUUUUAUUUUGAGGUGCAGGUGAAGAGAAAGACUGGAUGGAUUUUAGGAGUGGCCAGAGAAUCUAUUAACAGGAAGGGACUGAUCGCAGUGAGUCCUCAGGAUGGAUUCUGGACUGUGGGUCUGUGGAAUGGGAAUGAAUAUAGAGCCCAUGCUGGUCCGUCUGUCUCUCUGUCUCUGAGAGUGAAGAUGCAGAAGGUGGGGGUGUUUGUGGAUUAUGAGGAGGGUCUGGUCUCAUUCUAUGAUGUGAAUUCCAGAUCUCAUAUCUACUCUUUUACUGAUCAGUCUUUCAAUGAGAAACUCUAUUCCUUCUUCAGCCCAUUUCCUAAUGGUGAAGGUAAAAAUUCAGCACCACUGAUCAUUUUACCUGUUAAUUACCUUUGUUAAUUAUCAAAUCAUUAUAUUUUUCCCUUCACCUUUUUAGCUUUAC